AUGAAGAGCUUCGCCAAGGGCCAUCGCCGUGGAGUGAGGAGUGAGCAGGUCACAUUGAAGCGAACCAGAACCCCCGAAACCCCGGGCCUACUCCCCAGCACCUUCAAAGUCCCCAAAACUCAGCCUCAGCCUGCUUCUGACCAAAAUCCACUGUUUCGGGAUGCGACGCACAAGGCGAAUUUGACUGUCCAGCUCACGCUCAGCUUCGGCGACCCCCUCAACUAUUCAUAUAGCCGUGACUACGAAGGAUCACCGGCACUUCGUCCGACAGAUGAGUUAUGUGAAGCUCUACUUCGGCGCAUCGACCACUGCUCUGAGGAGCUCAUCACCAGAAAGGACUCGAGUGCUCUAGAGCGCACAUCAGGUGAUGGCACACCAAAACCCAAGAGAUUCGAGAUUCACGUGCGGAUGGUCCGAGAGAAAUCCGAAGUCUGGAGCUCCAGAACUUUUGUGUCUUACCAGCGUCAACCGCUUGGCGCAGAAGCUGCGAAGGAGUUCAUCUUAUCAACACAUCACAUGGUCGGCCUCUUCCUGCGCCGUCAUGACGAAGGUUUCGCGUGGAAGGAUGGUCCGGUUCGGGACGACAUCUCACAAGAACAGGAGACCUUUCCUUACCGCCCUGGCCGAGUGCAGCCCAUGUCGUGCGUCCCUCUGUCAUAUUUCCUCGAGAAGUCACAAAACUUUGAGACAAUACCUGGUUGGAGCAUCAGGUUGUCCCUCACAAGCCGAAACAAUCGCCGCAGACCUCCGGAAUGGCACGAUACAGCCGAGAUCAACAGCGGCCAGACAACGCCAUUGAAUUCGGUGGGAGCCGAACGUCUAUUCUUUGAUGCCUCUUACGCGAUGGAGUCAAUUUUCCGGACCGAGAGGCAAGCUUUCGAAGGAAACCACCAUUCUUGCCUUGGUUCCGAUGGAUGCCGAGACUGCAGACAGCACGAAGGAGAAGGCAUGGAACUGAAACUCACCAUAUCGAACAAUCUCGGGCCUCAUUUCGAUCAUUUGGAACGCACUAUGAACUCUGGGUUCAACAUGUUUUCACACCCUCAAGCACAGGACUGCGUUGAGUUUCUCACCAAGAUGAGGAGCGCCCUGGUGCAGGUUCGAGAUAGCGCUGAUGAGACACUCUCUCGUGUCAACGACAUUGAGUUCAGGAUCACAGAGCUUCGCGGCCAUGGGUGGGCGCUGAAUAGGGAUGAGCCGCUUCUGUUUACUCUCGAUCCCACAAACUCGUAUUCCCGGCGAAGCACUGAAGCAUUCUUGGACCGGGUCCAGACGGGUGUUGCGGACAUGUUGAAGGGAAAUGCGAUUGCGGUUCGGAUGACGGCGCAUAAACGAGGUCACUUCAUACUUGACAAGACUCUUGUGGCAAGGGAACCCCUUGACACGCCAGGCAAGAAAUCGCCACGGAAGUCCAAAGCGUAUGUUCUGGACCGUUUAAGACAACGCAUCCAGCGGGACAUCGAUACGAUAUGUCGAGAUACCUUGUCGAUCAAUGACCGAAAACCGGAGGCGGCGAUGACGAACAAACCAGACGAACCUCUUGGAAAUAGCCCAGCUCUUGGAACACCAUGCGCCCGGUCCUCGCCUAAAGGAUUGGCUGAUACUAGUUCGCGGUCGCCGGACCGCCCAUUGACGCCGCAGCAAUCGCCACCCACAAGAUACAGGGCUGAGGAAAGGCAGGCUGAGGAAACGUACUCUUCAUCCAGCGCCAGGUCACCUACUAUGAAGCGCCGGCGGGCUCCUGUCAUCUACGAUCCCGUCACAGGGGCCCGAUCAUUUCCGCUGGGGAGAGACAUAAGAGAUCAGAGUAGUAGGAGCAGCAGCAGCUGCUGCAGCAGUUCUGGGGACGAUAACGACGAAGGCGAACUGCAACGGCGGGUAUUCAAGCUGCCGAUUCGUGAACACGGGAUGGCCAUGUCCCCACCACGGACCGUCUCGGUUUCCAGCACUGGUAUUGGUACUCAGGACACUCAGCCCAGCGGUCCACCAACUGUCGCUGAUGACAAAUCCAAUCAGGAAUCAGACAGGGCCUACGAACCAUCGACAGCAUCGACAGCACCAAGUCUUGUAUUCGGGGGAUCCCCUCGUAGCAGCCUUUUGGCCACCCCAAAGGUGUAUGGCUCAGUACCGAGCACCGAGUUGGAUUCCUAUAGACACGCUGCCACUGAUAGCGAUGCCGAGGAUGGCAAGGAAACUGAGACCAUCGGUGAUGAUGGCCAGCGGAAAUCAUCGAGGACUCUUCCCCUCUCUCCACCGACUUUUCGCCUGGCCUCCCGGAGGCCCGGUUCAUCACCGCUACAUCAGGAUCAGACUGCGCGCGAGCACAGUACUAUUGAUAUCCGAGCUGCCGAUACCUCUGGAUCAGAAGGCAGCACCUUAGUAAAGGAGGACCCCGAGCAGAAUGCCUUCUCCAGAGUUGAGAAAACAGUCGCCGAAGAGCCAAUGCAGCUUGCAUCUGGGAUCGAUUUGGAGGAGGAGACGCCGCCUGUUUCUCAUUCGGUACCAAGCCUUUCAACAUAUGAGCCCAGUGCCACUGAUCAAGUCACGAACGAACAUGAAGCCUUCUACCAACUAUCAGAUGACGAGAUCGCAGGCACCAGCUGUCUCGAGCCAUUAGGCUCAAUUGUUCCCGAGGUGCGAGAUCCAGAACCAGUGGGGUUUUCCCAAUCCAAGCUAGACUUCGCGUUCUCGUCGCCGCCGACGGCCACGCCAGCGGGCAGCUUGGCAGCCGAUCGUUCUCCCACUUCGGAGUUCUUUGAGCUGGCGAGUCCAGACCCGUCCGAAGACUACGAUUUCUCAGAUUUGUCACAGUCGCCUCGGACUCGAUUUGCGCUAAUGGCACAACGGAAGUCGUUCGGGAGCGCCGGCUACCUCGGAUUCCACGAACCGAGAUUCGGCGAGGUUGGCUUGCGGGCGUUGAUUCGGUCUCCUCCUAGGUCCGUCGUCGGCGAUAGUGAGUAG